GAUGCAACGUGAUUGGCUUAUUAUAAAACCACGUGAACAGAGUGACUUUGGGAAUUGAAGUCAGCAUUCAUUAAAGUUUCUGACAAUGCACGGGCAUUCAGCUGAGACAAGACAUAUCAACAGUGAUAUCCUGCAACAAGAUUCAAAGGGGAGAGGGGAGCAGUUAACAGUGUGGUAAGUGCUCUGAGAAGAAUCAAGAAAGAAUAUGGAAAAUGCAUCCUCGGUGACAUCAGUGAUACUGACUGCCUUUUAUGAAAUGGAAGACCUGAAAUACUUGUACUUUAUCAUUUUCCUUCUUGUGUACGUUACCAUUGUUGCUGAAAAUGUCAUUCUUAUUGUGGUCAUUUAUGUUCAUAGAGCUCUGCAUGAACCGAUGUAUGUCUUUGUCUGUAAUUUGGCGUUUAAUGAAUUGUAUGGGAGCACAGCUUUGCUGCCCCCCAUUAUGAGUAACUUAGUGUCAGAAACUCAUGAAGUAUCUCUGCCAUGCUGUCAAGUGCAGAUCUAUUGCUUGCACACAUAUGCAAUAACUGAAUUUACCAUUUUAGCAGUGAUGGGCUACGACAGGUACGUUGCUAUUUGUCACCCCCUGCAGUAUCACAGCAUCAUGUCUGUUUCCAAAGUGUGCAAGUGCAUUGCUUUCUCUUGGCUUUACCCACUCAUUGCUUUUGCUGUAUUUUAUGCCUUGACGCUGCAACUUGUAUUUUGCGGAAGUGGCAUAGAGAAGAUAUACUGCACCAACUUUUCACUGAUCAAGCUCUCUUGCACGGACACGACCGUCGUUAGCAUCACUGGAUUACUUUCGCUGGUCGUGUACAGUUUUCCACAGCUUGCCGUUAUACUUUACUCGUACAUACAGAUCCUUAAGAUCUGCAUACGCUCCUCCAAAGGAGCGCAGACGAAAGCCCUGAACACGUGCAUUCCCCAUUUGCUAGCUUUGGUUAACUACUCAGUCGGUUGCUUUUUCGAAAUAUGCCAAAGCAGGCUCAACAUCGCUCACUUACAUUAUGGAGCUCGUAUUUUCUUGUCCCUCUACUUUCUGAUAAUUCCUCCCAUACUAAAUCCUGCCUUGUAUGGAGGGAGCAUUCAAGCCAUAAGAGUUAGGAUUUUUAAAUUGGUCAAAGUCAGAAACUGCAAUAGCCAAUUGCGCAUAAUGUAAGGAUGAGGUAGGCCUAAUUAUUCAAACAAGCAUGUUUUUAAUCUUUAUUUUGAAGCCAGUUAUUUCUUAUGGAUUUGAAUAUGUAGACAUAAGACUCUAGACUACAGGUCUGUCACAUUUGUAAAAUUACUUUGUUGUUUUUCUAUUUACGAAAAGCCAUCGCUCGGUUGGUGAAGCCCCACACCCUUAUAAUACAAACAACAACUAAUUUUGUCUCUGAAUGUAGAGCAUGACUAUGGAAAAGAAAGAUUUUUACUCAUUGCUCUUUUACCUCACUACACUAACAUGGCAAGGGCAAAUUGCAGCUGUUCCUGAAAAGCCUUUUUUCCCAAUGACAUAUAAUUCCUUGUAAAAAUCAUUACAGUUAUACGUCACGCGCAUCCCACUAGGAGCUGUGAACCAGUACACAGCGGGAACAUUAUGCUGCUCAUGUGAUCUCUUAUCCGCGAUCACGAGAAGACUGCAGCACAACAAAAAUACCUAAAUAUAAAUAAAUAAUAGAGAAAAGCCUUAAAUACAAUGUUGAAAAACAGCUGUUGCAUUUCAAGAACAAGUGAAUUCAAAGUUAUUAAACAUUAAAACAUUUC